UGUUUAUUAUUGCUUAUUUUGGAGUAUGCUAUGCCUAAUAAUUGAUUACUAUUCACUCAUCUUGUGUGCUGGCUUUCUCUAGUUAAUUAAUUCAGUACCUUAUGAUCAAUUUGAAAGUUACAUAAUAUGUUUAAUGAAUUUUAGGGAGUUCAAAGAAGCUACCAAGGUUGGUGUACUUUGGACCGUAAACACAGAGAGGUUGCUCGGUACAAGUCUGUUGUGCAGGUUGUUGGCAUUGAUCCUAAUCCGCAGAUGGAGAAGUAUGCUCGAUCUUCUGCUGCAUCGGCUGGACUUCCACUCUCAAAUUUUGAGUUUAUACAUGCUUGUAAGAAAAGAAAAAAUAAUUUCCCUCCGCUAGCUCAGCUCCUCGGCAGCCCCCAACCUGUUUCUGAUACAUAUAAGCCACAUACUCAACAAGUAAGGAUAAAUUCUAUACUUUAUCUUAUUAGUGGAUAAAUUCAUUCAUGUAAUUUUUUUUUGAAAAAUAUUUUCAAAGCUAAAAAUCAAUUGUAGAAGGCAAAUAUUACACCGUGAGUAAAUCACACCCCGCUAAUAAAAUAUCGACUAAUAGGAUGAUAAAGUAUAGAAUCUAUCUAUGCAUAAUCACACAGAUACAAUUUUAAGCACAAAAUUUCUCCAUAACUUGCACAUCUAUUAGAUCACAGCUAACUCAAAAAAUGUUGCAAUAGAUAUUAAAAUUUGGUCUCUUUAAACAAAGCAUUGCUAGUCGCCAAUAUAAAUUAACUAAAUCCAAUUUGUGCAAUAGAUAUUCAAAUCUUCUUUUGACUCUACGAUGGCUAAAUUACACCACACUUUAUUGUAGAACCAAUUAUUAAAAACUAAAUUAUUGAUGACUCCCCCAUAUGAUAAACUAAAAAAAAGAGCUAAGACUAACAUACAUUGUUUAAUCAAUAUUAUUACAUCCUAUUGCCACUAAUUUAAUCAUAUGAUCAACAACUUGCUCAUGUGCGACAAAUUUUAUAAAUAAACUAAUAUAAAUGACAAAUGAUGGUAAGGAGGAUCACGGUUCGAUUCUUCUCAAUUGCGAGGGGUUGAAAUCACUUGAUAUCAAAACUAACCUCUGAACCAGAUUAGGUGAUCCAGUGGACUGGAUACGGGUGAUGAAAACAAAAAAAUGAUGUCGUAUUAAACAAGAGAUGUAGUUAUGCAUUAUUACAGUUAAUUGUCACUAUUUAAAUCGCAUAUGAUCAACAACUUGCUCUUAUAAGACAAAAUUUUAUAGAAAAUAAAACUGACAAAUUAAAUGACACAAGGCACUAAAAAAGUAUUAAACAAUGACCAGAGGGAAACUCAAAGUCUAUGUGUUCACAUUACGGUUGAAGGUUAUGCUUUAUAUAUUAUGACGGACUCACAAGGACUAACAGCUUUUUUCUCAUCAAUCAUCUCACUCACAAAUAUUAGCAAAUUGAAAUCAAAGAUACAUACAACAAAAUGUGUGAUCCUUGUGCAAGUGUCUUUUCCUGUGCUCGUGAAAACUUGCUUCCACUAGCCCGUAAACAUUUGUUUCCACUAGCCCUUGAUCAUUUGCUUCCAAUCCUAAAGGAAGGAGUCAACAUGAUUAGGGGUAUCCCAAAUGACGAAAUUGCACAAAUGAAACAUGAACUUGAAACCAUCGAAGAAUUCAUCCAUCAGGCAGAUAAAAUGGCUGAUGCCGAAGGAGACCAUCCAAGUGAUGAUGGAAUUGGAACUAGAGAAAAGAUCAAGCAGCUGAUAGAAGCAUCUUUUCGCAUACAAGAUAUCAUUGAUGAAUAUAUAAUCCGCGAGGAGCAACAAUUUCCAGAUCCUGGAUGUGCUGCUGGUGCUUCUGACUAUGUCAAAACUAAGUUUCUCCGUCUCCAAAUAGCCCAUGAUAUUCAUAGCAUUAAAUCCCAAAUUAAUGAAAUGAAAGAAACAUGUUUUGAAACGGAUCAUGAAGGAUCAAGCAGUUUUGUUUCAAACCUGAAUGAUGCAACAUCAUUGCAGAACCUUCGAGAUGAUCCUUUUUACUUAGAUGAAGCUGAUGUUGUUGGCUUUGAAAAGCCAAGAGGCAUAUUGAUUGAUUACAUGGUGAAGGGAAGAAAAGAGCUCACAGCCGUCUCCGUGGUAGCAAUGGGAGGGCAAGGAAAAACCACUCUUGCUAAAAAAGUUUUUGACAGCAAAGAAGUCAUGGGACACUUUGAAUUUCGUGUAUGGAUCACGGUGUCACAAUCAUAUGAUAUAGAAGAGUUGCUGAGAUACAUGUUAAAGGAGCUUUGCAAACAACAAAAUGUCCAUCCUGAGAUCAUUCAUGAAAUGAAAAUUCAUGAAAUGAAUCGACGACCAUUAGUUGAAAAGGUGAGAAACUACUUGCAGCAAAAAAGGUACGUUGUCGUGUUUGACGAUGUAUGGAGCUUAAAUUUUUGGGGUGAUAUUAAACUUGCUAUGAUUGAUAACAAAAAGGGUUGUAGGAUACUAAUCACCACUAGGACCAUGGAUGUUGCCACUUCUUGUAGGGAAUCUUGUUUUGUUGAAAUUCUUGAACUCAAAGGUUUAAAUGAUGAACACUCUUUGAAAUUGUUCAAUAAGAAGGCAUUUCAUGACUUGAUCGGACGUUGUCCGGAAAAUCUUGUUGCUAUAUCGUCUAAAAUUGUUAAAAAAUGUGAUGGAUUACCACUAGCAAUUGUAGUCACUGGUGGUCUUUUAUCAUGCAAAAAUAGAUCAUAUGUUGACUGGUACAAGUUUAGUGAAAAUAUGAAUUUAGAGUUAAACAAAGAUUCCAAGAUAAACAAAUUGUUAGCUCUUAGUUACCAUGAUUUGCCUUACAACAUCAAGUCAUGUUUCUUGUAUUUUGGAUUAUAUCCAGAAGACUGUAUAGUUCCUUCAAAGAUGUUGACUCUACAAUGGAUAGCUGAAGGGUUCGUGAAAGAAGAUAGAGGAAGGACGUUGGAAGAGGUUGCUGAAGGAUAUUUAACAAUGUUGAUCCAUAGAAGUUUGGUGCAAGUAGUUUCAAUCACUAUUGAUGGAAGAGCAAAAAGUUGUCGUGUUCAUGAUCUAGUGCAUGCAAUGAUCCUUAAAAAAUGUGAGGAUUUAAGUUUUUGCAAGAAUAUUAGUGAGGACAAACAAUCAUCUUUGACUGGAAUGGCUCGGCGCCUAUCGAUAGCAGACAGUUCUGAUAAUUUAAUGGAAAGUAUUGAAAACUCACAGGUUCGAUCACUGAUUGUUUACAAACCAAAAAAAAUAUCUCUAUCCUUUGUAAGGAGAAUCCCUACAAAAUACAGGCGGUUGAAGAUGCUUAAUAUAGAUGAUGAUCGAUUGCAUGAUGUUCCUGAAGACUUGCAAUGUUUGAGCCACUUGAAGUAUUUUAGAUUCAGAAAUGGAAGGGGUAAUGACAUGUAUUUUCCACUUCCAGAAUCCAUUGGCAUGAUGGGGAACUUAGAGACCUUGGAUUUAGCAGAUACAUAUUACUAUGAACCUAUGCCGAAGGAGAUUUGCAUGCUUAGAAAGCUACGCCAUUUUAUAGGCGACCAACUGGAUUUAAUUCCAUUGAAGGAUGGUAUUGGAGGUAUGACAUCGCUACAAACGCUGCCUAAAGUUUAUUUUAGCCCGUUUAGAGCUGAAAGGGAUAACGAAGUAGUAGAGCUAAUCCAAGAGUUGGGAAAGCUAAAACAACUAAGAGGAUUGGUCUUGCUCAAUGUUAAGGAGGAACAUAUGAGUGUCAUAUCUUCCUCAAUCAAUGAGAUGCAACAAUUGGAGAUGUUGCAUAUUACGAAAAUCAACGAAGAUACAUUCAUUGAUUUGGAUUUGAAUUCACCCCAACCGAUGCUUAGCAUAGUUAAACUUGAUGGUCGGAUGUCAAAGAAGUUUCCUGAGUGGAUUUCAAAACUUCAAAAUCUUAUUGAGCUAAGAGUGCAACUUGUGGAUUCCAUGCAAAUGGAUGAUGCAAUGAAAUUACUCAAAAGUAUGCCAAGCUUGCUGUCCCUCAGUAUCUCCUACCAUUAUGAUCAAAUUGGAGUUGUUGAAAGGUUACAUUUUCAAGAUGGAUCGUUUAAGAAUUUGAAGGAGCUACAUAUUGUUUUUUUCCUUGCCUUGAGGUACAUACUUAUUGACGAAGGUGCGUUGGGUUCACUAAAAGAGCUCCAAUUAUACUACAUCCCCAAACUAAUGUCAUUACCAACUGGCAUUCAACACUUAUCCAAGCUUGAAGUUCUAAGUUAUUCAUAUCCCAAUGAGGAAUUUGAGGAAAGUAUUGCUUUAGAAGAAAGAAAAGAGCAUUCGAUCUUCAAGCAUGUGCUCUUGAAAGAAUUACUCCCUCCGGACAUAAAUCUAAACAACACACUUUUUAGAUUAUUUGAAUAAUAUAGUCCAGAUACAUCUAUUAUUUAAUAAAUCUAAAAAGUGCAUUUUUGUUUAUAUUUGUGUCCGGAGAAAGUAUUAGAUUAAGGAGCUAGAAAUAUUGAGAAGGAAAAA